AUGGAAGACAAGAGAGAAUUAUUUAAGCAACCCCUUCAUGGGAUUUAUAUUCCAAUCGGAUUAAUGUUAUUUGGUACUUGGAUCUUUGGUUGGGAAUAUAUGCCAUAUACUAUAGGGUUUAUUGUAGUUGUAUCCACAUUUAAAUUUUAUGAAGCUUAUAAGAAUAGAUCAUCGUUACAUAAAACAGUAUGGAAUGACUUUGAAUUAAUCGACAAAACCAUUAUUGCUCCAAUGACUUCAAUCUAUAGAUUUAAAUUAAAACAUGAUGAUGAAGUAUUAGAUAUCCCAACUGGUCAUCAUGUUGCUUGUUGUUUUAAUGUUGAUGGGAAAGAUGAAAUUAGAUACUAUUCUCCAAUUUCAAAUCAAUUCGAUGCCGGAUUUUUCGAUAUUUUAGUUAAACAUUAUGAAAAUGGUACUGUUACUAGAAAAUUUGCUCAAGUUAAUGAAGGACAAACUGUUAAAUUUAGAGGACCAGUUGGAAGAUUGAAAUAUGAACCUAAUAUGGCUAAAGAAUUAGGUUUAGUUGCAGGUGGAUCAGGAAUUACUCCAAUUUUACAAGUUAUUACUAGUAUCAUUACUAAUCCUGAUGAUCAGACUAAAAUUAAAUUGAUUUUUGGUAAUGAAACUGAAAAAGAUAUUUUAUUAAAGAAUGAAAUUGAUGAAAUUGCUAGUAGGUAUCCUAAUUUUGAAGUAUAUUAUACGUUAACUUUUCCUCCUAAAGAUUGGACUGGUGGUGUAGCUUAUGUUUCUAAAGAUAUGAUGAAAGAACAUUUACCUAGUCCUAAUAAUGGUAAUAAAUUGUUCGUUUGUGGUCCACCAGGAAUGAAAGAAUCUUUACUGGAAAUGAGUAAAGAAAUGGGUUGGGAUGAUGAAAAUAUUUUCAUGUUUUAA